AUGCCUCAUUCAUCCAUAUUGCAUAAGGUUAUUGUAGCCGAAACCAUAUGGCUUAUUUCCGAUUAUGCUACUGUAGCCGCAUUCACGCUCUGGGCUCUUGAUUACCUUCAAACAUUCGCGACCGAGAUCGUUGUUCUUUGGGCAGGAAACAUACGAUCAGCAACUUCAAUUCUGUUCAUUAUCAAUAGGUAUGGUUUUUUGGCAUCCCAGAUGAUCCAAUUAUACGUCGGCACUCCAGGGACUGCAAGCGAUAGUUCUUGCCGUAUUGCCCUCGAGAUUUCGGAUGCAUUGACGAUUCUGACCGUGGCUAGCACCAGCUCGUUGCUUGCUUUGCGCGUAUACAGCAUAUAUUCCCGGAGUCGUUAUGUAUUGGCCUUGACUGCUGCUUUGAUUCUGACGAGAUCGGCACUUGACAUUUAUCUCGCUGCCAUCGAGAUUCCAUUCUCCACCAAAGGGUCAAUCCUCACAGGAAUAUCUCGAUGCGGCUUUGUAUAUCCUACUGCCGCUGUAAACGGUGGUUUGUUCGUAGUCGCCGCUGCGAAUGGCUCCCUUCUUAUUGCUGGUGUAGUUGACUUAAAUUUCGCCGGUUCACCAUCUAUCACCAUAUUGUCCCCAUUCUUUUCUGUUGUACCGAAUAUUUUGGUCCACCGUUUAUUCCUUAACCUGCGAAGCUUUCGAAAUCCAGGCUAUGGGCUGUCAUCAUCCGACACUCCACUUCCCGUGCCUUCAUUCGCUCAGAAUCGCCCAAACCGCUUCCUUGGUAACAUCGGCGAACCCAUCGACUAUGAUCAAUGGAAUGACGAUUUUGAAGACGCAGAGCUCGAUGGCGGGGCUGUCCGGAAUGACACAAAUAUCAGUAGAGUACGCGAUCCUCUGACAACUCUUGUCCCAGUCGUCUACGAGGGAGCGGGCACGGAGCCCAUCGAAAUGAUGGCUAUGCAACGAGAGCCUAUUACUAUUGCCAACCCAUCUUGUGCGUUGGAGGUGGCUUGA